AUGGCGGGCACGGAGGGCGACCGGCAGCGUUGUCCCGAGCGCGUCGAGGAGUUCCUUGACGAGGCGUCGACGCGCUGCCUGGCGUUCAACCGCCGCGGCACGCUCCUCGCAGGCGGCAGCGCGGACGGCACGAUCACGAUAUGGGACUUCGACACGCGCGGCGUGGUCCGUGUGCUGAGCCACGACCGCGACGAGGACGAGGAUGUUGAGAUGCAGGACCCCAGCGGGCACUCGGCGGGUGCGCCGGGCGCCGAGAGCAGCGCGGCGCCGGUGCUGCGCGUGCAGUGGUCGCGCGACGGCAAGAAGAUCCUGUCGUGCACGGCGAAGGAAGUGCACAUCUGGGACGUCCUCACGGGGGCCGUGGAGUGGUUCUGGGCGGCCUCCCGGUGGACGGCGAAGCGCGACAACACAACCAUCGUCAGCGCGUCGUUCGAGCCCCGGAGGUACAACCAGGUCGUGGUGACCUUCUCCUCGGGCCCCCCGCUCCUCCUGCGGUUCCACCUCAACACGUGGGACGAGGGCAAUGACAACACGCGCACCAUUCAGCUUGACUCAGCCUACGCCGACCACACCCCGGGGGGCGCCAGCGCCGCGCUGCGGGGCCGCACGGUCGCGUGCUUCUCCCCGCAGGGCGACGUCGUGCUCGUCGGCACGCAGACGGGGGCCAUCGCGGCCAUACACCCCCCCGCGGGCGCCCCUGCGACAAAGGGGGGUCCGGUGCUGCCGGCGGUCGCGGGCGACGUGCUCGUGCUCGCGCCGGCGGAGGAGGGCGGCUCCCCGCCGGCCGUCGAGGCCGUGACCACGGACCGAUCCGGGCGGCACGUGCUCGCCACCUGCAACGACAAGACGAUUCGCGUGCUGUCGCUGCGGAGCCGCGGCGUGGACUGGACGCCGCAGUCGCGGCGUCUGUCAGAGGUGGCGUCGCCGGAGGCAGCGCCCGCCCCGGUCGGGGUGAGCCCGCUCGGGCCGGACCAGGCGCUCCUGAAGCAGGUCGCGGUCCUGCGGAGCAAGGAGGACGACGUGGCGUGGAAGCCCGGGGUGCGGCCUGCGACGUGCGACUACGCACACGGCCCCGCGCGGUACGUCGCCGCGGCGGCCUCGGGCGCAGAUCACGUGAUCUACGUCUUCGAGAUCGACAAAGGCGAGGCGGUGCUGCGGAAGGUCCUGGAGGCGGCCCGCGGGAAGACGGGGGACCUGGAGGCGAUGGACAUGGCAUGGCAUCCCUUGUGGCCCAAUUUGGUCGUUGCGACGGCGGCGGGGCCGGCGCUGAUCUGGGCGCCGCACUACCACGAGCGGUGGGCGGCGUUCGCGCCCGGGUUCAUCGAGCUGAAGGAGAACAAGGAGCACGUGGAGUCGGAAGACGAGUUUGACCUAUCUACGAAGGACGCGAACGACCAGGCCGCGGACGCGGCCGUGGGCGGCGGCGCCGCAGAGGACGACGCGGCCUCCGAGCUGGACUUCGACACGGCGCCGGUCGCCGGAAAGGUGCUGUCGUCGGACGACGAGGAGGACCUGGGUCAGGGCGCGCUGCAUUACCUGCCGCUGCAGCUCAUGGGGCGGCGCGCGGACGACGACGGCAUGGACGAGGACGACGACGACGACGACCGCGCGAGCGGCGACGAGACCGGGACGGCCACGGAGAAGGAAGAGGACCUCGGGCGCGGCUCCCGGAAACGCAAGCAAUCGGUGCGGAUGGAGCUGUUCGAGGACCCGGGGAAGGUCGACAUCGACGCGCUCCGGAGCGCCGGCCGCGGGCGCGGGCGCGGGCGCGGAUCCAUGCCGGGGCGGGGGCUCGUCCCCCGCGUGCACGCGCGGUACCUGCCAGCGCUGCCGCCGGCGUCGCUGUGGGGCGACCUCAUGGGCCCGAAGCACGGCUGA